AGGUUGCUUGCCGUCUACCACAUUGCUUGACCAGCAGAGCAUGCGUUGGAUACUGACGCCUGUUCUUACCACCUAGACUCUCCUAUUGCUACACGAUACCCACCCUAGAUCCUAAAGUCCUUUUGUCAUGGCUCCGCUAUUCGAGACCGCGAAGUCGUUCGUUGAUGUCCCUAUCACGGAAGACGGGGUCGAGACUGCGUCCUUUCUCGUGGCGACGACCGACUUCCUCAAUAUGUUCGAUCUACUGGGCCACGGAGUCUUCGGCUUUGUUCAGUCGGACUUGAGGGGAAACCUCGCUGGUGUGCGCACUCGAUACGAAGCAACGCCCUCACAGUCGACGACCCUCGAGAAGCUUGUAAUAUGCGCAACCGAAGACAAAGAGCGGCACUCAGUUCCCUGUCUCGUGCGGCUCAUACGUGGUCUUCUGUUCACAUGCCAGGCACUGCAGAACAUGCAGAGCGAUAAGUCGACGGAGCUACAUGUCUGCUUCAAGAGGUCAUAUGACGUGGUCUUGAAGCACCACCACACGUUCAUUAUUCGGUCGGCUGUUGCAGUACGAGGAUCGCACGAGAAAUUUGACUCCGAGCUGGCGAAGUGGCUCGAUGCACUGGACAUCAUAGUCAAGCGGGUGAAGACCUUCCUGGAGGAAGGAGGCUACGGCAGGGUCUGAGCCGAGGCACAUAAUCAGUGUCAUGACUUCCUCGAGUGGACUGAUCGUCAUACCAUUGCAAUAUAGGCAACUCACAUACCGGAACAUUGUUACACUGUUUGCCGGUGGCGUGUCGGAGGAAGGCAGUCGCUCAACUAAACAGUCUACAGGACGAGGACUCCAGCUGAGAUCCACGACGUCAAGCUGUUCAGAAGCACUAUACGGUAGGAAUUGAUCGUCGUUAUUCCGGAAGACAGGUCAACACAUACCGUCUGGGUUGUUGACAUCUCACCAUGUGCAAGAAUGCGCGGAAACAAGUUAGACUGCAACGAAUUCAUUGAUUGCGUACCAGAAACGGUAGCUCCAAGUCAGAUAUGUCUGCACACGUACGACGGUUUACUUUGCUGAUACUUCUCGCUUUGACAUUGUAG